AUGUCUUUCGAAAGAAUGAGACAGAGCUUCAAAUCAUUCCUGGGCUUAAAUGCUAGUCCAUAAAUUGAUUAAUCAUCUUAGGUAUCCAUUCCUCAAGAACUUAAAUCAUCAAACUCAUAAUGCAUCAUCAAAAACAAAUUUGUUCAAAUUGAAAAAAAGCAAGAACGCCUCAAUCCCUAUAAAAAAUCGCUUAUCCGCUUAAACGAAUAUUACAAAACCAUCGUCAAAGGGACUGACUUCUCUAAAUGUCCAACCAUCCAAUAUUAAAUUAAUGAAGAUGAAAAACAAGCAAUCAAUCACAAAAUAUGCAACCCAAGAUGGAAGAGAGACGAUUAAUCUCAAGACUGCUCCUCUUACAGAUGGAGUUCCAUAAAUGAUUUCCCUAAUCCCACUAUUUAUAAAAUUUCAUCCAAACCAACUAAAAAUUAAGUUUAUGAUCCCUAAAUGCUCUCCUAAUCUAGAGAAAAACAAGCAUCAAUCAAUUUUCAAAAAAAACAGUUUCUCUCCUACUUGGAAGAUAAACCUAUCAGUGUAAUUAAUGACAAUCACCUAAUCGAAGAGAAAAAAAAAAAGUCAUCCUAAAUCUCAAUUCGAAGAGCUGAGAGUUUUCUCUUCGAUGAUCAAGAAGAACCCAUUUAUGAAAAAGGAAGAUAGGCUGUCCAGAAACAAGAAAACACUACUAAACCAAAUGACGAGGACAACCAGAGUGCUUCCGAAUCAAUAGUAAUAAAAAAAUAGCCAUUAUCCAAAUUUUGUCAAAUUAAAAAAUAAGAAUUUGAAUUCAACCCUAAAAUUGAAGCACCAAUUUAAAUAAUAAACAAAGAAGAACAAUAAAAAACACAAGUCCAACAACAAGAAAAUGUAAUUAAACCUACUGAUGAAUAAAUACAACAACAACAGACACCUAUUUAAUAGAAGUAAGAACCACCUUUAGAAGUCAAACAAGAACCCGUUCUUCAAUAGAAAACAGAACCAUUACCACAACCAAUACCAUAACAAUCUGUCAUUGAAGUUAAUCCCUUCACCUCUAACAUUGAAAGUCCUCUUUUUAGUGCUCCUUGGUUAACAAGUCAAACACCUAUUCAACCUUAAAAUUAAUCGACAUUUAAUCUAUUUCAAUCACAACCAAUUUAAAAUCAAUAUCAGGCUCCCUUCAUUCCAUAAUAACCAUAAUAGGCUGUCUUCCCAUUCCAAAAUUAGACACAACCAUAGCCAAGUGUGUUUACUAAUGAAAACUUUUUCUCUUAGUAAAUUUAACCAUCCUCAAGUCCAUUUAUGAAUAACUAAAUGAGUUAGAAUGUUUUCAAUCAAACCAACUCAUUCUAAACUCAAUCACCAUUUACUUAAAAUCAACCCUUUCAAUAAAGUUAAUCAUAUUCUAACGAUUUAUUUGGAUUGAAUCAAUCAAAAACAAUGAAUAAUAACAAUGCAUUCUUAUUUUAAACUAACUCUUUGGGAGGAGGAUCGUUUUCAGCUGAUGAUCAAAAUAAACCACGCACCAUUGAUCUAUUUUCAGCUCAACCAGCACAGAAUUCAUAAACAUCAAUGAUGACUAGUCAAGCUCCUGUUAAUUUGUUUGCUCUAGAUUAAAAUAGUCAAGCAUAACCAUAAAUUAAUAAAGAAUCUGAUAGAUAUAAAAACAAAUUUAAAUAAAAUACUGUUAAAUAUAAUACUGCUGCAUAAAGAAUGGAAUGA